AUGAUGAAGAAUCGCUUCCCAAUGGAAGAGGGUGAUCCUAUCAAAGUGCUCUUCUGCUGGUAUGACAGAGCUAUGGAUAUAGCUCAUUCGGCUACUUAUGAUGAUGUAGGCUUUGAGCUAGCAUGUGUUAUGUAUAAUAUCGGAGCUGUUCAUGCUGCGAUUGCAGUCAGCGAAACUAGAGAGAAUGAGGAUAGCAUCAAAAACGCUUUCAUGCACUAUCAGUAUGCGGCUUGGCCACUUCAGCAUCUUCGCGACAAACUCAAUGCUUCUAAAUAUGCUUCUGUAGACUUUGAUAAGGAGCUGCUGACAUUCUUUGUCAAUGUGCUUUUGGGCCAAGCUCAAGAAUGCUUGCUAGAGAAGAGUCUGAUUGAUCAUCGCAGCAACCUAGUUGUGGCGAAACUGGCCAUACAUUUGAGGGAUCGAUAUCAAGAGUGUUUACGACAUAUUGAAAACUCAAACCUUUGUGACUACGUCUCAUCGCAGAAGUAUAAGGAAUGGUCGCGCACAUGUGCGAUAAAGAGCGAAAUGUAUGGUGCCAUAGCGAUGAUCCAUAUGGGCUGUCAAGCAGAUGAUGACAAGAAAAUGGGAGCG